AUGGAGAAGGGUAGUGGCGGAGAUUUGGGGAGUGGGAACGAGAGCGAGAGACCGGAUACGGCCGCCAGCCUCCGGGUGCGUGUGGAGGACAGCGUCUUUACGGUGGACAGAGCCCUGCUGACGUGCGGCUGCGACUACUUCCGCGCCCUCUUCCGCUCGGGGAUGAGAGAGUGCCAGCAGGCGGAGGUUCACCUGAGGGGCCUGCGGGCGCAGGGCUUCCUGGUGGCUCUCGCCGUGCUGAGGGGAGAGCGUCCCGCCCUGAGCGCCGACCAAAUCGUUGACGCCGUCGAAUGCGCCGCCUUCCUCCAGGUGGAGCCUCUCGCCCGGCACCUCGCCGACAUCGUCGACUCUGACAACUGCCUGUUAAUGUGCCACUCUGCCGCCGUGUUCGGCCUGCUGGACCUCUACCACAGCGCUGCUCUCUUUAUCCGCGACAUGUACGCAGACCUGCAGGAGGCGACAGAGAGCCUCCCGUGGGAACUCCGGCAGUACGUGCAGUCCCUCACCCCCAGCUGCUUUGUGGCGGCCGGCACGCACUCUCCCUCCAUGGAGAUACUCCAAGACUCCUUCCGGACUCUCUGCUACCUGGAUGAAGGCGAGAAGGACUGGAAGCGCCUGACCGACCUGCCGACAGAAGCCAGCACCUCAAUGGCAGGACUGACGGUCCUCGCCAACAAGCUCUACAUCGUGGGGGGUGUGCGGGGGGUCAGCAAGCAGGUGGUAGAGUCGAGCUUCUGCUACGACGCCACGGCCGACGAGUGGACGACCUUUGCCAGCCCCUGCCAGCCCCGCUACAACUUCACGCUGGUGGGCCACGCGGGCCGACUCUACGCCAUCGGAGGCGAGUUUGAGAAAAGCGCCAUGUCGUCCAUGGAGUCGUACGAUGUCGAGGCCGACGCCUGGUCCUUCGUCAGCCAUGCUCCGCGGGCGGUGGCCGGCGCGGCUUACGCCAAGGCGAUGAGCCGGAUAUUCCUAUGUUUUUGGAAGCCCAUGGACACUACGGACAUCUACGAGUACGUCCCGGGGAGGGACGAGUGGUCGCUCGUCACCACGCUGAUCCGUCCUCACAGCUACGGCCACUGCAUGGUGGCGCAUCGGGAUAACCUCUACGUGAUGCGGAACGGGCCUUACGCCGACUUCCUGCGGUGCCUGCUAGACUGUUACAACAUCACCACGGGGCAGUGGACUGCUAUGGCGGGGCACUACAUCAACAGCAAGGGCGCCCUCUUCACCGCCGUGGUGAGAGGCGACUCGGCGUUCACCGUCAACCGAAUGCUGACGCUGGAGUACGCCAUCGGAGCGGGGGGGUGGAACCCGAGGAGGGAGAUGAAGGGUUUCCCCAGGAGUGGCUCGGUUUGGACGUUUUUACUGAGGCUGCCGAAAACCCGUCACAAACCAAGACAAGCACCUGACUUUGACGGCAGAGAAGAUCCACCUUAAACUCUCCUCACACAAAUCCAUCACUUUAAACACAACCUUGUUGGUUAAGAAGGACGUAAGGCUUCACAAACUACUUGGUUGGUUAUCAUCAGUGGCCGAAGGUUUGUUUGAACACAUUCGUAUUCCUGCCUCAAUCAUGUUUAAAGGUCUAUCCCGUCAUUCCAAAGCCCUCUGCGUACUUGAGAGUUCGGCCGAGGUAGGCUCUCUCCUCCAAAGCCCAACCACCCAUUUUCAUUCUACAGUCCACCAGCUGAGCUGCGUGGCCACUGGUGAGGAGGAAUGUAACUUCAUGUGUAGCCAGUACAAGCAGACUAUGAGCUCAGCCAGAGUUGCUCUUGUGCAGUUAGACAAGGAGAACGUGCCCACCAUUACUUUCCUUCACUGAGCAAUGCUACAGCCAAUUACAUUUCACCAUAAUGGAGCAGU